AUGGAAGAGGAGCCAAGAGAUGGAAAAAGCAAAAGUAAAGAUGAUAAAAGUGAUAGAACAUGUAGGGAUUGUAAUAAAGUGUUCAAAACUCGAUUUCAUCUGAAUCGGCAUCGAUUGAUUCACACAGGAGAGAAGCCGUUCGAGUGCGCCAAAUGCAACAAAAGAUUCAUCCAAAAAACCACCUUGAACAUUCACAUGCUGAAACAUCUCGGAAAUCGCCCAUACCAAUGUCGAAAAUGCGGUCAACGGUUCUCCCAAAAGGGAAAUUUAACUGCUCACAUCAAACGUCUUCACAGCAACUUCCUCCGAGAAGGCCAAACUCCAAAAUUCAGUUGCAGUCAAUGCACGUGUCAAUUCAAAAAAUUAGCUUCGCUCAACGGACACGUCACACGAGUUCAUUCUUUGGUGAAAAAAGUCAAGGAGGACGACGGAGACGAAGUGACGACAGUUCAAAAAGUGUUGGAACAAAUAAAUGCCUUGAAUGACCAACCAAAUUUCGUUGUACCUGCUCCGCCGCAAAAACAGCCUUCGGUGACACAAGAAAAAAUUGAUGAUCGAGUUGUGGUGACAAUUCCCGAUAAUUUUGUCGAAAUCACGGAUUUUGAUGGGAGAAAGUAUCGCGUCGAGUAUCGUCGAGACGAAAAUGGGCGUCGCCUGCUUUUGUGCUACAUUUGUGAAAAACCUUUUUAUCGACCUUCGGAUUUGUUGCGACAUCGACGGAUUCACACCGAUGAACGACCUUUUGUGUGUGAGAAAUGUCGAGCGGGGUUCCGAACGAAAAAUAGCUUAAAAGCGCAUUUAAAAACUCAUGAAAAAACUCCUCCAGCGACGAAGAAUGCCUCGGAAAGGACACAGCCACAACUGAACCAAAUCGAAGAAGAGCUGAAUUUGCCUCCAACGGAGCCCAGUUUGACUUAUAAAGUUGUCGGAUACAUCUUGGAUCAACCAGAACAGCAACAAAUAGUGUUCCUUGACUCGCUAGAAAAUGCUGAAAUCCCGCCGGAAGCAUCUCUGAUCUAUAAACAAGUCGAUGAUUACAUUCCUUCGAUGGAAAAUUCCGAGCAAGUUUUAAUUUGUGACCUUCAAGCGAGUAAUUUCAUUCAAACGGAGCAUUUUCUACCUCAACCGAUUGAAGUUUUGACUGAAAAUGUGACUCACGAAGUGCCGCAACAACCAAAAGUCUUCACAAAUUUGACCCAAUUGGCGGAAAAUGCGGAAAUUCAUGUCGAAGGCACAAAUUUGACGGUUUGUCAGAAGGAAAUUGUCUCCGAACCGCGACUAGAACCUGUAAUUACCAUAAAAAAUGUUGAAAAUGAAGCGAAAUUAGAUGAAAAAAAGAGACCAAGAGCGAAUUAUACCUGUCAAUAUUGUUCAAAAUCGUUUCGGAGGCCAACGGAUCUUCAGCGACAUGUUCGCACACACACGAAUGAGAAGCCCUAUAAAUGCACCGAAUGUGAAAAAGCCUUUGCAUUAAAAGCGACGUUGUUGUUUCAUCUAAAAACUCAUCAAACAGAUCGUGAAAAAGUGUCUUGUCUUAUUUGUGAUAAGAAAUUUACCUCAACGGUAGCGUUGAAUGUCCAUAAAAGGAUUCACAAUAAUUUGCUUCCUUACAAAUGUCAGUAUUGCGAGAAACGGGUGAGAAAUUCGAGUAAUUUAAGGAAACAUGAAAGAGUUCAUGUUAAAAUUGCGGAGAAGACGGGAAAGAGACCUGAAGAUGUUCGUCCUCGUACAACGAAAUUUUCUCAACUCCUAAAAUACCUUGAAGCAUCACAAGUAGUCGAAGGUGUAACGGAAAACAAGAGCAAAUCGUAUGAAAUUGUGAUAAGAAUGGAAUCAGCGAAUGACAAAAAGGAACAAAAGCGGUUUUUAUGUCCUUAUCAGAACUGUUCGAAGGAAUUCUCAAAGCCAAGUUUGUUGGAAAGACACAAAUUCGUUCAUACAAAAGUGAAAAAUUUCAUCUGUGAUAUUUGUGGAAGUAGAUUCAAUCAAAAAGCCUCAAUUGGAGUUCAUAUGAUAUCUCACACGAAUUUGUAUCAAUUUCAAUGCAAAUAUUGUCCACGAAAGUUCAAAUUCAAGUCGGGAAGGUCAGAACAUCAGGAAAGGUGUUCGAAAAAGAAGAAAUAAAAUUUAGGAAUGAAAGAAUAAAUUAUAAGA